AUGAAAGUAGUAUUAGCAAUAACACUAUGGUUUUUUAUAUUGACAAAUACCAAGUUUGUUGUUUGUGUAGGGAUUUGCAGAGAAAAUGAGCAACGAGCCUUGGAGACCUUGAAGAAAGAAGCAGAUGAUCCCUUGGAUCAUCUCUCUUCUUGGGUUGUCGGAAAAGAUUGUUGUGAAUGGGAAGGGGUCGUGUGCAACAAUCUAACUCGUCAUGUGAUUGAGCUAAGCAUUUUCUCCGAGCUGACAUAUCGAAGGAUCAAUAGUCUUGAGUGGCUGUCAAGUCUUUCGAGUCUUGAGAACCUGGAGAUGGUAAGUGUGGAUCUUAGCAAAGCUACUGAAUGGCUACAGGUUAUUAACAUGCUUCCUUCUCUUGUUGAUCUUCGUUUAUCCAAUUGUCGUCUUCAUCAUUUAAUACCUCUACUUGAUCAUCACAAUUUUUCUUCACUCAAAUAUCUCGAUCUUUCUGGGAAUGACUACUUUAGUUCUUCUCUUCCCAGAUGGGUUUUCAACCUCCCUAAUCUCGUUUCUCUUGACUUGAGUGGGUGUAAUUUUACUGGUCCGUUUCCUGAUGGUCCGGUUAACUUGACUUCUCUCACAACCUUCAAGGCUUCUUACAACUCCUUCAAUUGUCGCUUACCCAAAUGGUUGUUUGAAUUGAAUAAUCUUGAACAUCUUGAGCUCUAUUCUAGUGGCAUUGAAGGUGCGAUACAGAGUAAGAGCGAAAACAUAACAACACUUAAAUAUCUUGAUCUUUCUUACAAUAGGCUCAACUCCACCAUACCAAAUUGGCUCUAUCGAUGCAAAGAUCUAGAAUCACUUCUCCUUAGUGAAAAUCAUCUGGAGGGAGCAGUUUCAAGUCUGAUUUUAAAUUUGAGCUCAAUAACUAAUAUUGACCUUUAUGAUAAUAUGCUUUCGGGAAAGUUACCAAAUGUAAUUGGAAAGUUAAGGAAAUUAGAAAGACUUGAUCUCUCAAGUAAUCUAUUCGAGGGAGAUGUAUCUGAAUUAUUCAAUGUUAGAAGUAAUGUCCUUUCAGCGGGAUCGGGAAAUACUUCUUCAUUAUCUAUUUUGAACCUAGACAACAAUAAACUCACAGGAACUCUUCCGAAAAGUGUUGGCCAGCUUUCAAUGCUACAACAGUUUUCCAUCACUAACAAUAAACUCACAGGAACUCUUCCGAAAAGUGUUGGCCAGCUUUCAAUGCUAGAAUACUUUUUCAUCUCCAACAAUAGGUUGGAAGGUGUUGUAACAGAAAGCCAUUUCUCUGAAUUAACACAUUUACGGUACUUCUCUGCAUCGAGAAAUAAUCUGACUUUAAAAGUUAGUCAGAAUUGGAUUCCACCUUUUCAAGUAACAGACAUUGUAAUAGGCGGCUGGAAUAUAGGCCCUUUGUUUCCCAUGUGGCUCCGAACUCAGAAGCGGAUAAUGAAUGUUGACAUAUCAGAUGGUGGAAUACAAGGUGAGGUUCCAACUUGGUUCUGGAACUUAUCUUCUCAAAUUCGAUUUCUCAAUCUUUCUCACAACCAAUUGGUUGGUGAGGUUCCAAUCAUCUCAACACCUUCAUGGAUAGAUGGACAGCGAGGUCCUUGGACAAUCUACUUGGGUUCCAACAAUUUUAGUGGACCAAUACCAAUGAUUUCAACCAUUGUAACUGAGCUAGAUCUCUCAAACAAUUCUUUUUCCGAAGGUUUAUCUAACUUUUUGUGUGAAGCAAAGAAUGGAUCUUACAAAUUGGAGAUCUUAAACCUUGGGGGAAAUAAUUUAUCAGAAGAAAUUCCUAAUUGUUGGAUGAAAUGGCCAGAGUUGACAGCUUUAAUCUUGAGGGAGAAUAAUUUGAUUGGAGGCAUACCAAGAUCCAUGGAGGUUUUGAGUGAGUUGCAAUCCUUGGACUUACGAAGAAAUAGACUCAAUGGUCCAUUUCCUUCAUCCUUGAAAAAUUGCACAAAACUGCAUAAAAUAGAUUUAGCUGAGAAUGAGUUUAUUGGGAAAUUACCAUCUUGGUUAGGAAUGAGGUUUCCAACCUUGAUAGUACUUAUCCUCCGGUCCAAUAAAUUCGAUGGUGAAUUGCCUCAAGAACUUUGUCACCUCAAAGAUCUUCAAAUCUUAGAUCUUGCAAACAAUACAUUUGUUGGAAUCAUACCAAGAUGUAUUGGCAAUUUCAGCGCAAUGGUCAAAGGGAAAAAAGAAGUGGAAGAUAAUGAAGAUUUGAAUUAUUCUUAUUAUAUUGGAGUUUUGAUAGAGAGUGCAAUGGUGACGACUAAAGGCAACAUGUACCAAUAUGACACCAUUUUGGCGUUGUUUACAAGUAUGGAUAUGUCUAGUAAUAAUCUUUCUGGAGAUAUUCCUACUAGUCUAACACGUCUUGCAGGAUUAAGAUCAUUUAAUUUUUCCAAUAAUAACCUAACUGGCAUGAUUCCAAAAGACAUUGGUGACAUGAAAUUCUUGGAAUCUGUUGAUCUUUCAAGAAAUCAACUUUAUGGUCAAAUCCCACCAAGCUUUUCGAGUUUGUUCACUUUGAGUUACUUGAAUCUAUCUGUUAACAAUUUAUCAGGUAUGAUACCAUUGAGUACCCAACUUCAAAGCUUUGAUCCCACGAGUUUUCAAGGAAACAAACUCUGUGGGCGUCCACUCUUGGUGAACUGCACUUCGAAUGGUAAUAUUCCAAAUCACGAGUAUGCAAAUGACGAGAGUGACAAAGAUGAAUUGGAUUGGUUUUACAUUUCAAUGGCAAUAGGAUUUGCACUAAGCUUUUGGGGCGUAUGUGGUUCAUUGCUUUUCAAGAGAUCAUGGAGACAUGCUUAUUUUCGUUUUCUAGACCGUAGUUGGGAAAUGUUGCUUGCAAAAGUACCAAUAUGUUGA